ACUGUUAGACUUCACUUUUUGGGUUUGGUGAAUGAGAGCGUGUUCCCAUUUGAUUUGACUAAUAAGAACAAGACGCAUGUCUUCCACUUUCACCCACUCUUCGUUACAUCUCAACACUCAUCGAAUCCCAUCGCUUUCCCUUUCAAACCCAAACGUGCAUCCACUUUCAACUCAAUUCUCCUUUCGACCCCUCAGAUUCAAAGGUGUCAGCGCCAAAUCCAACAACAAACGGUUCGUUUGCAAGGUAGUGAAAUCUUCAAUGGCUGUUGAAGUUGAAGUCUUCGAAAAAGAACAACUUGCUGUUUCUCUCGCCAAAUACGUCGCUGAUCUCUCUAAUAAGUUCACUCGCGAAAGAGGCGCUUUCACUGUUUGUUUGUCUGGUGGCUCUUUGAUCAACUAUCUCCAGAAACUGUUGGAGGAUCCGUAUAUUGAUUCUAUUGAAUGGGCUAAAUGGCAUGUGUUUUGGGUUGAUGAGAGAGUUGUGCCAAAGACUCAUGAUGAUAGUAACUAUAAGCUUGCUUUUGAUGGGUUUCUAUCCAAGGUGCCCAUUCCACCUGGUAAUGUUUACGCGAUCAAUGAUGCCCUUUCAGCUGAGGGAGCUGCCGACGAUUACGAGACAUGUGUCAAACACUUGGUCAACAGCAAUGUGAUAGCUUCAUCAUCAGCCAGUGGAUUUCCAAAAUUUGAUCUCAUGUUGCUUGGCAUGGGUCCUGAUGGGCAUGUAGCUUCUCUGUUCCCAGGUCACCCUCUUGUCCAUGAGAAUAAAAAAUGGGUUACCUCAAUUAACGACUCGCCAAAACCACCCCCAGAGAGAAUAACAUUUACCUUUCCCGUGAUCAAUUCCUCUGCUUACAUUGCUCUUGUGGUGACUGGUACCGGCAAAGCGGAUGCAGUUCACUCUGCACUACGCGGAUCUGAAACAUCUGAAAAGCUUCCUGCUGCAUUGGUUUCACCUGAAGGGGAGUUGAAAUGGUUCUUGGACAAAGGUGCUGCGUCAAAGCUGUAGAUCCUGAAGCUAAGCCAGUUAAUCUAUGUGUUGUGCUCGUGUUUAUUUUGGCAAUAAUGAGUUUGUGUAAUGGAUCACAUAACUAGUACUGAUUCUCCAUAUCUCAGUGAUAGUUGACACUGGAGAGGGAUCUUUGUAGCAAUAAGAGGAUAAAGUGAAGAAAGAGUGCAAGGCAAAGUUCUUUUGGUUCAAAGUCUAAAAUUUCCCUUGAUAGGUUUCCCA